AUGCGUCCCUCGUGUCUCCUCGCGGCCCUGGCCACCGGCGGUCUCGUGUCUGCCGCGCCCAGCCCCAAGCCGCCGACGCCGCCGGCGCCUGGUGAUGUGAACCCUUUCCAGGGCAAAACCCAGUUCGUCAACCCGGCGUGGGCGACCAAGUUGGGCCAGACCUUGCGGUCGUUCCUACGGAAGGGUGAUCUCGUCAACGCCGCCAAGACGUACAAGGUCCAGAAUACGGCCUCGUUCGUCUGGGUUUCCAACCGCGCCGGCCUCUCCAACAUUGACGACGCCAUUGCCGCCGCCCGCAAGGCGCAGAAGAAGACAGGCAAGAAGCAGAUCGUGGGUUUGGUGCUCUACAACCUUCCCGACCGUGACUGCAGCGCCGGCGAGAGCGCUGGUGAGUUCCACAGCGACGAGAACGGACUUCAGCUGUACAAGGACGAGUUCAUUAAGCCCUAUGCCCAAAAGGUCGCGGCCGCCAAGGACCUGGACUUCGCCAUCGUCCUUGAGCCUGACUCUCUAGCCAACUUAGUCACCAACAUGGGCGUUGAGCUCUGCGCCAACGCGGCCCCCGUCUACCGCGAGGGUAUCGCCCAUGCCAUUGCGGAACUUCAACACCCCCAUGUCCACCUUUACAUUGAUGCUGCCCACGGCGGGUGGCUCGGCUGGGACGACAACCUGCCCCUCGCCGCCAAGGUCUUCUCUGAGGUGGUCGCCCUGGCUGGUAAAGGCAAGAAGAUUCGUGGCUUCGUUACCAAUGUGUCCAACUACAACCCCUUCAACGCCGUGGUGCGCGAAAACUACACCGAGUGGAGCAACUCGUGGGACGAGUCUCACUACGCCACGUCGCUCGCCCCGCACCUUGAAGCCGAGGGUCUUCCAGCCCACUUCAUUGUCGAUCAGGGUCGUGUUGCCCUACCCGGAGCCCGGGAGGAAUGGGGUGAGUGGUGCAACGUCGAGCCCGCCGGCUUUGGCCCGGCCCCGACCACAAAUACCAACAACACCGUCGUCGACGCUCUUGUCUGGGUCAAGCCCGGCGGAGAGAGUGAUGGCGAGUGCGGCCUGGCCGGCGCCACCAGGGCUGGAGAAUGGUUUGACGAGUACGCCCAGAUGCUUGUCAAGAACGCGGAUCCGUCGGUUUUCAAGUGGUUUUAG